CGGCUAACUUGUCCCAGAGUUCUUUUUCUCUUUUUCGUCUCUGUCCAAUCCAGAUGAGGUGUUGCGCAUGAAGCAGUCAAUCGACAUUUCUCCUUUGUGCAAACAUAAGAUACCAUGGCCAACAUGUUGGCUCAUACUACUUCUUAUACUGUUAUUACUACCCAUAACCUGUAGCGCCAAACCUCAAUCCACCGAGACCUCCACCAUUACCAAGACAGCAAUAGACCUAAUUUCAACUACUACUAAACAUACCACAGAGGCCGCAGUGACGGUUCCUCAUACUAAGAUUAAAAAAGUUGCUGGCACAACUUCCACUACCUCAUCAAGCAGGAAUAUCGUACAUUUUCCAUUUUUCAAAUCCGCCGCAACCUCCACCACCCCAUCAGGGACGGCAUCGCCUACUGUCGAAGGCAUAUUUGGGCCAGUCAUAUCGCUAUUUCGUACAUCACGCAGUUCCACCGCCACGACCCAAUCGCCAGGUACCACCACCACUACCUCACAGGAAUUUCCGAUAGGACCUCAUCUUACAAAGCCUACCUCUACUACAGCAGCAGCCAGUGCGGGCAAAACCAAGAGCCCAUCACCAACACCCACGUCUAUACCAGAUAAAUCAUCAACGUCACAACCACAAACCACAACAGCUGAUGGCCAAAGUAAGACCACGGUAUCAUCGCCAGCGAGUACAACAACAGAGGAUGACCCCAUGGUUUCGGUUCAAAUGCUCAGUCAAAGUACCAGCGUGGUUGGAGACCGUACCAUUACCAUUGGAACCCCUCCGCAUGCAACAGACGCCUCGUCUCCACACGCAGCAUUGAGCGACCCUUCGUCGCCUACGGUGAUUGUGGUCGUUCCACCUGGAGGCGGAAAUAAUCUGACAUCCACGCCUCCAGGGCAAAUCAUUGUUCUGCUCAAGGGGGAUAAAGGAGUGAUGGCGAGUAUAGCGGUGUCGGUGUUAGCAAGCAAUAACAUACUAUUGGUGCUGAUAUGUACUGCGGUGUUGUUUGUAGUGUGACUGUGAAUAGUUUCGAUGGACGUUUGGAAAAUUUUUUUUUUUUGUCGCUUAGUAUAAAUUGCGGUGCUGGAGGUGCAGUUGUACUUCUUUCCGUUCGAAACGGCAUACCAUCUUGUACCGGCCCUUUUUCCAAUAAACUCAUAUCAUCAUGACAAAAUAUAUCAUCGUCUCUGGAGGUGUCAUUUCCGGUAUCGGUAAGGGCGUCAUUGCAUCCAGUACUGGCACCUUGCUCAAGAGUUUGGGUCUUCGUGUUACUGCUAUCAAAAUCGACCCUUACCUCAACAUUGAUGCUGGUUUGAUGAGCCCUCUUGAUCACGGUUCGUAAUUCAUUGGCCCUUUGCUAUGUAGCAUGGUUUCUUUGUUUGCUU